GAGAGAGAGACAGAAAAACAUUGCAGACAGUCCUGCAUUUUCAAGUGGCCCUCCUUUUGUGGGAAGGAAUGUCUUGUGCAAUAUUUGUAGCAACUGGCCAAGAAGCACAGAACGACAGCAUGCAAUAAAUUUAAUGUAUUUGCUCUGUAUCGUACUGGAAGAGCCUGUGGCAACUUGUCCCCAAGUGAGCUGGAACUCUGUAGGAAAGCUCCAAGCUCAACUUAAUCCACUGGGAUCUGAGUUUGUGAAUGAAACAAAAGAAACCCUCAGAGACCUUGGUGCCUGUUUGACUGAUGUUGCAGAAAGCUGACUGGAGGAUCUGAUGAAAGGAAGGAGCUUGUUCUUUAACUGAGCAAGAGUUCAUCAUAAAGGCUACAGCCUUUGGCUUGUUGGGAAAACAUUAUGAAGAACCUGCUUGAAAAGCUGUUCAUUCUCUUCCUCAGUAGUCUGCUUGGCGCUUUUCUUCUUCAGACGCUCUAUAGUUGGCAGACAGAAAUAAGAGAUCCUGAAGAAGAUUGGCUGAGAAGGCAACGAGAUCGCAAAGCCUCUUUGGACACCAUCUGCCAGAAAGAUACUUUCUCAAAAGGAAAACCAAACCCUCAAGUUGCGGGUCAGAUCUUUGUAGACGAGUGUCACAACUUUAUCUACUGUGAAGUGCCAAAGGUGGGCUGUUCCAACUGGAAAAAAAUUAUUCUCCUCCUCACACUCAACCUGAGCAGGGAUGUCUUAGAAGUAGAUCAUGAUAGAGUCCACAGAACACAUCUCUUAAGGAGGUUAAGUUCUUACCCUUCUGAUCAGCAAGUGAAACUUCUGAACAGCAGCAUUAAAGUGAUGUUCACCAGGCAUCCUCUAGAGAGAUUGGUUUCCGCUUACAGAGACAAGCUCUUGCACUUCGAGCCUUUUUACGUCUCUGUGGCAAAAAGGAUCAAGACCUUGUUCAGGGGAAACCCAAACUCCACCGAUCCAGUGACUUUCCAGGAAUUUGUAAACUUUGUUUUGAAACAUGCCCCCAAGGAUUUGGACAUACACUGGAAGCCAAUGUUUAUGCUCUGUGAUCCCUGCAACAUUCACUAUGACAUUUUGGGGAAGUACGAGACACUGGGAGAAGAUGCUGACCAUGUUCUCAGGAGAAUUGGAGCACCAGACGAUCUCCAGUAUCCAGAUUUUAAGAGGUACGGUACAGAGAAGAGGACCAACAGCAAUAUCACUCUGAACUACUUCAGCAAACUGAGUAAGGACCAAGUGCAGAAGCUCAAGGACCUUUACUCAAUUGAUUUCUCUUCGUUUAAUUAUUCUUUUCAUUUUUAAAACAAAACUUUGCUGUAAGAUUCAAUCGCAGUUCCCUUCUCUGGGUUCUCUGGUCUCCUGUCUGCUAGACAACUGGAAGUCCCUGUGGUGGCUGGCACCCUGUCUCUGGAAAAUCCCUCUUUAAGGAGGUUCAUCUGGCAUUUUCAUUGUUAUAACAUAUGUGCUGAACUAGGAGCCUACCGAAUCAGACCUCUAGUGCAUCUUGCUCAGCAAUGCUGACACCAGCUAGCAUGUGUUCUCCCAGUGCUUUAGGGCACUACCAGAUAACCUGUUUCUUGAGCAUUCAUCCUGAUUGAUUUGCAGGGCGCUUAGAUAACGCUGGCUAUUUGAUGAGUGUUUGUUCUGAUUUGUUCCUGGGGAUGUUAGAUGAUGUUGCAUCAAAGCAGGUGUCACCCCACAAUGCAUUUCCAGUGCAUUUUCCUGGCACUUCCUUUAUUGCAAAAAGUCCAGCCUUUGGGGGAAACAGGUUUGUUACACAAGACAUCCCAAUCAACUAUAAUCUCACAAUCUGAAUUUGCCGGUGGUUGACUGAACCCCAUGCAAUAAAAUGUGACAGUCUGGAAGUGCCCUGAAGACAGGGGUCUUUCCUAGCCCUCCCUAGAGAUACCUGAGUUUGAACCUGGGACCUUCUGAAUGAAAAGCAGGUACUUUAUCAGUGAGCUACAGCCCUACACCAGAGUCUAUCGACUGGUCUGCAGAUGACAGGAAAUGAGCACAUUUAAAGUGCAUUCCCCCCUCAAAGAAUUCUGGGCACUGUAGUUUGUUAAGUGUGGCUGGGAAUUGGAACUCUAUGAGUAGAAACUAACAGUGCUCAGAAUACUUUGAGGGAAAGAAUGUGCUUUGAAUAUGCUUUAAAAAUAUUGUAUAUACACAGCCCAGAAAAGCAUUUAUAAAUGAUGAUGAGUAGAGGCUAAUCCAAAGUCUAUUUCAUAACAUUAUUUCCUCAUUCCUCCUCUCUAAUGUGAAAACCACAUUCUAAACACACCAUGUUGUUAUGAUUAUGUCAGAUUUAAAAUUGAGGUGGAUUUGACAGAAAAUAUCUAUAGGUAUGUAGGAAUACAUGAAUACACACACGAAAGAGAAAGAGAGAGAGAGAGAGAGAGAGAGAGAAUGAGAGAGAGAGAGAGAGAGAAUGCUACUCAGGAUCUAAGUGAAUUUUCAUUUUGAUAUAUUUUAAUGUAUAUUCUGCCACCGGAAAUAAUUCUCUUUCUUAUUUUUUAAUAAUAUUUUUAUUAGUUUUCAAUUACAAU